AUGCCCAAGAUUCCACCUUGGGAGAUUUCUGCCCUCGCCGUCUCGUACGGUGGAUCCACAAACCCGCGGCAGCGCGCCGCCGUCAUAGCCUGCGGAUCAGGGCCCCAUCGCAAAUCUGGGCCGAGCCGUCAACUGAGGGGCCUGUGGGGAUGUGCUUUCUGGAGAUUCAGAUCCUGCAUGAGCGCGUUCCGGAUUCCCGAUUUUAUCGGAACAAGCACUCUGAUCCGGUGA